ACAACGCUUUACGGCAAAUUGUGAGUAUGGCUUCUCAGCUGAUCUGUAGCGAAACUCAAAGCAGGGUGAGUUCAGUGCUAAACAGAGACGUAAAGCAGUUUGGGAAAAAGUUCAUGUUCGACUAUAAUGAAGAAACCUGCUGGAACUCAGACCAGGGGGACUGUCAGUGGGUGCUGCUGGAGUUUCCUCGAUCGGUAAAAGUCUCCGUGGUGAAACUCCAAUUCCAGGGCGGCUUCUCGGCUAAAACAUGCCGAUUAGAAGGUUGCUGCAAAGACGGAGACUUCACAGAGUUGAGCCAGUUUUACCCAGAGGACAAUAACUGUCUUCAGAGCUUUCCCAUACAGGAGGCCCCCACCGUGGACAAAGUAAAAAUACUGUUUGAGAACAGCACCGACUUUUUUGGGAGAAUCAUUGUUUAUUCCUUGGACAUUUUGGGGGAAAAAACCUCAUGAGCAUUUUUUUUUUUUUAUGCUCUCAUGAGAGAGGAAAUAACCCGUGGCCAAAGUAAAGGGUGGUGUGGUGACACUUGGAAAACAUGUCAUCUGUAAUGCCACCUUGUGAACUGAUGCAAACGUGGCCUUUUUUGGUAUUGCUGCGUUCAGACGUCUGUGUGGAAGUUUCACUUCACGUCAGUGAAACAGGAAAAUGCACACAUUGAACACGUUGAUGGCCAUAGUGAUGUGAAACGUUUGCUGCGUUUAGAAAUGUAUAUUGUGCCUUUUGAAUUGCACGACCGCUUUAUCGAAAAAUAGCAUUUUAUUAAGGCUUUUUUUUUUUUCCAAUUCCAUUCAAAACAAUUCUACAGAACAAUUGACAUUUCAUUCAUUCUUUCAAAAUAGCUUUUACAUAAACUGUCAAAAAAAACAACUUGUUUUUUUUUCUUUUUUUAAACUGUAAGUGCAUAAAUAAAUCCAUUUUACAUUUC